AUGGAAGUGUGCGUUGACUGCAUAGACUCAGCUGUUGAGGCAGAGUGUGGGGGCGCGAAGAGGGUUGAACUCUGCAGUUCGCUCAUAUCUGGGGGUCUCACCCCAUCUCUGGGGCUCUUGCUAACUGUCAAAAAGUUGAUCAAGAUCCCAGUUUUUGUGAUGGUCCGGGCCAGGGAGGGCGAUUUCAAUUAUUCCCGAUACGAACUGGAUUGCAUGCUGAUCGACGCGAAACUUCUGAAAGAUAAUGGAGCUGAUGGUUUUGUGUUUGGAUGUUUGAGACCUGACGGAAGCAUCGAUGUUGAAUGCUGCCAGGAACUGAUUGAUGUUUGCAAGCCCCACCCACUGACAUUCCAUCGAGCAAUUGACGUAAGUUCAAAUCCUGUCAGCAAUUUGAAAAUUCUCAUAUCAUUGGGGUUUGACAGGGUCUUGACAUCCGGUGGUGAAUAUACUGCUCUUGAAGGAUCUCCAGUUAUCAAAGAGAUGGUGCAACAUUUUGGAAAUGAGAUCAUCGUCGUGCCAGGUGGGGGUGUAUCAGAAACAAAUCUUCAACGAAUACUCGAUGAGACAGAUGCCAAGGAAUUCCAUGCUUCAGCCACCAAUCUCAAAAUCUCAUCUAUGACCUACACAAACCAAUCUGUAUCUAUGACGUCAUCCUCGUACAACAGCCACCAUACCAGUGAAUAUGCAAGGAAGGUUUGUGACAGGAACAGAGUGAAGGCCAUGGUGAGAAUUUGUAAUGGUGGAUUGUAA